GACCUUUCGUCGUGCAGUCAUGUUUUCCUGAGGACCGAUGUCAUAAAGAAAGGCCUGCAGCCACCAUACGAGGGUCCAUUUCAAGUGCUGAGUCGAGGGGAGAAGGUUUUUAGGAUUCUUAUUCAUGGCCGGGAAAGUACGGUAAACGUGGAUCGUCUAAAACCUGCAUAUGUAUCCCGAGAUGAACAGGACAUGUUUCCUAAAAGCGAAUCAACAGCUAUGAGUGAAUCUACAGAGGAAUCUACUAUCCCAGAGCCUAGUGACAUGCCAAGAGAGGUUAAGACACGACCAGGCCGUCGAGUUAAGUUUCAGGGAAAGUAUCAGCAAUGAGCUGGAAAAGUCUCGCUAGCGCUGGUAGGGGGCUACUGUAGAGGCUGUUGGUUGCGUCAGCUCAGAUUGCAUGAAAAACUGAGGUAGAAGGAUCGAGGAUUGGAACGAAGACCGAAGGUAGGAGGACGAACCGAAAUAGUUCCUGCGCGAAUGAAUACCGGCGGAGGAGCAUCAACCGGCGGCCAAGGCAGGGAGUGAAAAGGCCGAUGUCCAGUAUUUAAGCAGAUGACAGUUUGCCUUCGAAAGAGGUUGUUGUGCAGCGUCCGAGACUUCGUCCCGAUAUCCCGUUUCUACCCGGUGACGCCCACCUGCAGUAUGAGAUAUUUACAAUCAAAAGUUUAAGUUUUUAAUUGUUCUUUUAAUAACAACUUUUAAUGUUUUUAAAGAAUAACUUGUUAAUUGGAGUUUGUGAAGUUUCGUAGAUGGUUUGUUAUCUUUUACUAUUAAAGAGGAUGUUUCAUUGAUAUUGUUUCAUUUGAAAUUCUUACAUUCCCAUCACCGAAGCAUAUACGAUUGGUGACCUGUAAACGAAUACGUAUAUUUCUGUUUCUGCAAACUGCUUUUGAGAAUUUCUACUAGUUGAUGGAUUACGGAGAAAUGCUGGUACGUUUCAAGUUUUAAAGUUUUUGGGCAAGCCGUGAGUACAAAUUACUUCUAUUCUUGGACUCAUACAUUUCGGACUAAUGCAAAAAAUGCCCGAAUCUACGGAAACUGCUGAUCAACAAAUUGCUCGUGUCACUGUAAAGCCACCACCUUUUUGGAGAGCUAAUCCAGAAUUGUGGUUCAGACAAAUUGAAAGUCAGUUCACUCUUGCUGGAGUAACUACAGAAUCAACGAAAUUUCAAAACGUAGUUUCUGCUCUACAACCGGAGGAACUGGCGAUUAUCAGCGACAUUGUUAUCAGUCCACCUGUGGAUGAGCCUUUCACCGCACUUAAAAAAAGAUUGUGCGCUCAAUAUGCUGAAUCUGAAGCUCAACACUUAAGGGAUUUGAUUUCGGGGAUGCAGCUUGGUGACCGUCGUCCUUCAAGACUGCUUCUGGAAAUGCGGAAUAAAGCCGGAGCGAGAAUCAACGAUGAACUUCUUAAAUCUUUAUUUUUGCAGAGAUUGCCUACUAAUGUUCAACAGAUUUUAUCGAUUACCAACGAUAGCCUGGACAAGCUGGCGGAGAUGGCGGAUGGUAUCAUGGAUACAACAACUAACGCACAGUCAGUCAGCGUAGUUGCUGGUUCGACGGAUCGGACGGAUUUACGGUCUUUAUUGACAGAGAUCACAGCUCGCCUCGCACGGUUGGAAGCCCGUACAAGUGACCGGUCGAGAAGUACUAGUCAGAAACGCUCUACAAGCCGAAGCCGACAGUCUGCAAAUUCACAGUAUUGCUGGUAUCAUAAAAUAUUCAAACAACGAGCGACAAAAUGCCGACGUCCAUGCUCGUUCCUGCCGGAAAACUGCUGA